AAAGGAAAUAAGCCACAGAUCUGAGAGGAAGAGAGAUAAACACCAAGAUCUUUUUUUUUUCUCUGUGGUUUUCACUUGUGAUAUAAAGUAGCAGAAUGCUGGUAUGGUUAGAUUUACUCAUUGGCAGAGCACUGCUGAGCUUCACACUGAUCUCUCAACAUGGAAGCCACAACUGACUAUUAUUCUGAAUAUGAGUAUAAUGGCACUAAUUAUACUGAUGGCAGCUUUGAAGACCAGGAAGUUUGUGACAGCUCAAGUUUUCACGGCUCCCACAUCUUCCUGCCCGUGAUGUAUUAUCUUAUAUUCUUCACAGGAUUCUGGGGCAACCUUUUUGUGAUCUCAGUGGUGGCGAGCAAAGGAAAACGCGGAGGUCGUCUGGUGGAUAUCUUUGUUGUCAACCUGGCAGUGGCUGACCUCAUAUUUGUCCUCACGUUGCCCCUAUGGGCCAUCUCUGCCUCCCAGAACAACUACUGGAACUUUGGAGCUGCGAGUAAUUUGCUGUGCAAACUGAGCAGCUACAUCAUUUCUGUCAAUCGCUUCUCCAACAUUUUCUUUCUCACCUGCAUGAGCAUUGACCGCUACCUGGUCAUAGUGAAGCUGAUGGAUUCGAGGCACCUCAGGAGUAGCUGGUGCGUCAUCGGCACAUGCAUUUCUCUCUGGAUGACCUCCCUUGUGCUCGGCAUUCCAUCUCUGGUGUACAGAGGGGUGGACCCAGAGGGAAGCCAGAGCUGUCUGGAUGACAAAUCCUCCACUUUUUAUCAGGUCACAAACCUGAUCAUGACACUUUUGACCUUCGUCUUUCCAGUUUUAAUCAUCGUGCUCUGCUACGGCACCAUCAUCAUGCACCUGAACAAGCACUGCAGUGCUGUGGGAAAUCCUCGAGCGGAGGCUCGCCGAAGACACUCUUUGAAAAUGGUCCUCUGCAUCAUACUGGCCUUUGUGGUGUCCUGGCUCCCGUACAACAUUUUUAAAACUUUCAGCAUCAUUUCACACCUCUUCCAGCCCACAAUCGGGUGUGAAACUCAGAACGUGCUGGACAACGGCCUCGUCGUCUCCUGCUGCAUGGCGUUCUUCAACAGCUGUGUGAAUCCGGUCAUCUACUUCGUCCUGGACAAUCACUUCAGGAAGCGAGCAGGGAUGCUCUAUCACAGCUGCAAAGGGACGUCUAACGUGCUGCAGAGCUUCAACUCCUCUACUACCUUCACCAACGGUUCAGAGAAUUUUGGAACAAGUGGUGGGCGAAGCCAAUUUCAGAUUUAGGACCACAGAAUAUCAUCAGCUCUGAAGAUAACAAAGUUAGUAUUUCACAGUUCUCCUAAGACUUGUAUAAAUAUUUUAGCUCAUUUUUAUGACAUAGAUACGCCUCAAAAAGUCUGCAGAGACUUUUUUAUUUCUCAACAGAACUUUGAUAUUUUUGUUUUUUCUUCAGUUUGUUUUAAAUGACGCUCUCUUUUCAGCAUUGGUGGUCAAGUUGUAUUAUUUUUGUCUAAGACAAAGUACAAUUUUUAUAAAUACAUUUAUAUAUUUCUUUCGUUAAUUUUUAUUUAGCAUUAAAAGUCAUCAUUUAACAAUUGUGUUAUAAUGUUCUCAUAUCAAUAUAUCAAUGUAUUAAACAAUUAUUUACCCCCAGAGCAACAUUAUGUGUCGAACUGUGUUUACCAUCACACAUCAAGUUGUACUUUCAUCUAUUUUAAGUUUU